AUGACCAGGGUUUCAAUUGUUACAUUAGGUGCUGUGAUGUUAGGGGUGUUGAUAAUGGUGGUUCCUUCGUAUGGUUGCCUGCCUAGUGCGGUAGCUUAUUCGGUCGGGGUAGGAGACCCGGUGUGUUGGUCCAUCCCUCCCCGACCGGAUUACUACACCAACUGGUCCAAUUCCCAUUUCUUCAAGAUCGGCGACACUCUAGUUUUUAACUUUGAAGGGGGGCUUUCGAAUGUGGUGCAAGUCACAAAGCAAGACUACGAGAGCUGCACAGUAGCCACAGCUUACAAGCCCUUUCAAAUCUUCAACAAUGGUCCUGCAAAUUUCACAUUGUUGGAUAAAGGUGUCUUGUACUUCAUUACUAACGUCUCAAACUAUUGUAGUCUAGGGCAGAAGAUUUCCAUUUCUGUUCACGAGUGCGCCUGCCCCGUAAACGAACCACCGAGCGGCCCUUCAGUUUCUCCUCCUCCUGCUGCUGUUCCUCCAUCUUCGGUUAGUUGGAAUAGAUCUCAGCCUCCUGCAGCGCAAGUUAUGACUCCGGUGGGAGCCCCGUCCCCUUUAGGGUAUAAUGGCUCCUCUACUGAGACUUUUCCUUCUGUGAAAUCUGCAGCAUCAGUGCUACAGAAAGGAAUGGUGCUUGGUGUACUUCAUGCAAUCUUAUUUUGGCUCGGUGGCGUUUGGUUAUUGGUCAUUUAA